CCCAGCCACGACUGACCCUGCUGCAGCCCCUGGUGACGCUGGAGGGGCAGGUCACUCUGCCGUGCCUGGUGAGCGGCUACCACCCCCCCGAGAUCAGGGUGCAAUGGCUGCGGAACGGGAAGCCUCUGCUCACCAUGGAGUCAGCCCCCACGAAGGAAGCAGACGGGUCCUUCACCCUCCGCAGCGUCUACAUCCUCGACCGGCCAGAGAGCAACGCCCAGGCCAACUUCGCCUGCCGCGUGCAGCACCAGGCGCUGACCACCCCGCUGGAGAGCACAGCCACCUGGAUAGUCCCCACGUGCCCCAAGACGUGUUUAUGGGUCAUCGUACCGAUCCUGCUGGUGCUGCUGGUGCUGCUCGCCCCGUGGAUCGUGUACCAGUGCUGUAACAUCAGCACCUGA